GUUUUGUGAAAUACACAUUUUUUGUUUUAGCAACUGAAAUCUUAACAUGACAAUGACUCCAUUACGGGGGGCUGAAUUAGUCCAGAAGCCUUUGCAGUUAUACCGCUACCUGCUUCGAUGUUGUAAGGAGCUACCUACAGAAAAUAUCCAACAGCAUUACAGACAUGCAAUCAGACAGAGUUUCCGAGUUCAUGCAGAUGAAGAUAGUCCUGAGAGAAUCCAGCAGAUUAUUAAGCGAGCCAUUGAAGACGCUGACUGGGUCAUGAAUAAAUAUAAGAGUGAGAAGUAGAAAGAAGGAGAUGAAGAGAAGAUGCUCAUCAGUACAGAUCCUCAGACAGAGUCCAGGCAAAUAAACCCAGUUGUUUGUAACAGUGCCAUGUUGUAAACUGUACGGGCAGCUUCUCCUGGUUUGUUGGUUUGUUAUAAUACCUACCUCACCGGGGUGUCAUGAGGUUAAUUCAUCUUUCUGAAGCUCUUUUUUACUAUAAAAUGAUCUCAAAAACAAAGAAA